AUGUUUAUUAAAAGUAACUUUGAAUCAUUACCAAAUGAAUUAUUUAUCGAAUGUUUUCAAUACCUUAAUGCAUCGGAUAUUUUUCGUUCAUUUGAUCAAUUAAAUUCUCGUUUUCAUUUACUUAUUCGAAAUUGUCCAUUAUACGUUAAUUUUCAUGAAUUUAAAAAACUCAACUUCAACGAAUUUUGUCAAGUAAUUUCAUCAAAUCCAGAAUUGAAACAAAAUAUUAUUUCUUUACAAUUAUCGAAUGAUAAAACAUAUGGACAAAUUCGAUCAUUUCUUUCAUUAUUUUCAUUAAAUGAAUUUCUUAAUCUUCGAUCAUUAUCUUUAAUUGGUAUUCAAAAUUAUUGUUGUCAACAAUUAUUACAUGCAUUACCAUUUUUAUCUAAUUUACAUCAACUUUCUUGUACUCCAACAAGAGGAGAUUUUCCGGAUAUAUCACCUGCUUUACUACAAUCAAACAUACGAAUACUAACAAUACCAAGUGUUUAUUUAUGCUCCACAUUUACUGAUAAUAUAACGAUGACAAUUAUAUCGUUAACCAUUCAUCAUUGUAGUGCAUUUGAUUUAUGUAAAUUAUUGAAAUACACAACAGUAUUAAAAUAUUUGAAAAUUAAACAAUUAUAUGAUUAUCAAUCAAAUGAUAUAGUUCCGAAUAACACUAAAAAUGCUUGUCAUUUAAAACAAUUCAUCAUCAAGUAUGCUAAUGUUACAUUUGAAAGUCUUAAAUUAAUACUUCAAUGUCUACCAAGUUUGGAAAUCUUUUCAAUAUAUUCACAAGAUAAUAUUGAAAUGAUUGAUGCUAAUCGAUGGCAAAAUUUGAUUGAGAUUUAUUUACCAGUCUUAACAGUAUUCAAGUUUUGUUUUGGUGAGUUUUCUGUUUAUUCAUAUGAAGAAAAACUGAUUAAAAUUACACAAUUUCAAAGUGAUUUUUGGCAUCAAAAACAUCAAUGGUAUAUCGAUUUUAAAAUUGAUUACUUUUCAUUAAUUGUUUAUACACUUCCAUACGUACAUAAUGAUUAUACGUUAACAACUGCUGAUCAUGCAUCUGAUAAUUCAAAGCAGUUUGAUAACCUAGAUGAAUUUGAUAGUUCAGAUCGAUUUGACAGUUCCGAUCGAUUCGAUAAUGUCAAUGAACUAUCUAUAUGGACAAGAAUGAUUCGUAGUGAUUCAUCUUUUUAUUUCAAAAAUGUCAAAACGUUACGAUUAACAAGUGGAAUUGAGGGUGAAGGUGAAACAGACGAGUAUGAACUACAAACAUAUGAUCUUCAGUUUCUUGAUAUGAUUGUUAAUUUAUCAAAUAUCCAGCAUUUAAUAAUUGCUGAAGAAUGUUACAUGUCAUCAUCAGAAGUAUUAUUAAAUAUAUUAGAACAAUUACCAGUUGUAUCAUCGUUAACUAUUCGUAGACUUCAGUUGAUUCCAUAUCUCGAUAAUUAUCAAUUAUGCAAAUGGUUAAAUGAAAAAAUUAAAACAUUGGAUAUUUCUUCGAGAUGA